GGGCCCAAUCCAUCUCGCCUCACAAAACUACCCACCACUGCGGGAAGAGCGACCGAUAUCGAGACAGCCUACCAUUAUCCUCGUCCUCCUUCAAAGGUGCGGCUCCGGCCCCUACUUCGUUGUAUACAGUUGUGUACAAGGGCAAGAAACGAAAUGGCAUCGCCGUUGAGCGUGGGAGAUUGCAUCGCCAUCAUUGGUGUGGUCAUCAAGGGCUAUGGCGCCCUGAGCGGCACAUCGGAUGAUGCGAAGGAGCUCGGCAGAUUGACGGACGACCUGCUUCGCCUCCAAGAAAUUCUGAAGCAACUCCCCAAACAAGACUCAUUUCAGGCGUCUAAUCAGAACGCCGGCACCAAGGAACUCGAUGAAGCCAUUAGACAUUGCCAAGAAACUCUAUCAGAACUGGCUAGUGUAGUGAAAGAAUAUGAGCCCACCAACUCUAGAGCGAAAAGGUACUAUCGGCGGUUGGCUUGGACCUUUGCGGGAAAGGAGAAGACCCAGCCACUCCAGAAGCGUAUACAGAGCCUUACGGCCAACGUACUCUUACUCCAGAAUGGCCUCCAGAGACAAGCCAUUGAAGACCUAAAAGCAGGGAUCCAACAACAGAUGACUGGCCUCUCAUCUCAAAUGCAAACGGUCAACGAAGAGGUCAAGUUGUCUAUAUACGCCGCAAUCGAUGAGCCACCCGACCAGAUGCCUAUUAAGUUCAGAGAUGCGACUGGUGAAAAGUACCGGGUACCACUGAAUCUCUACCAGAAUUUCGAGGACUUUUGCGAAUUUCUAGGGUUCGUCUUUAGGAAGAACGAUUUGCUGUUGCCUUUUGUUGCUCGGAAGGACUUCUGGCUCUUUACCCCAGCAGUCAAUGGUUCGCCGUGGUGGUACUUGAUUCAUGAAAGCGACUGGGCGCAGGCUGCCCGCCCUGGGUCUCAACUUGGUAUGUCCUUGUUCCAGGCAGACCACAUCGAGUGGUUGCCAAGUGGCGUCUAUUCGUGCGGCUUUCAAGAAUAUACCAAGGAAGCGCGUACGAAAGAAAGGACGUGGCCUCUCGUCCCAGGACCACAGAAAGACUCGUAUAUCCGGUUCUCAACACCGGUGCCGCCAUGGAGCACACUUCCACAGAAUCUGGAGUGUCUUUGGUGGUCUGAACCAGCCGUCUUUGGCCCAGUUUCGACGACACGGCCAGCGAAGGACGAGCGGCGGUUAAACGUGAUGAAGAGCUUCGCAUCCGCUGAACACACGUCGAGAAGCACAGCUCCCAGGAAAGUGCGAACCCAAAGCCAGAUGCCCCGACCGCAAUAUUCGGGGUUUAGAGUGAGACAAAAGAAUAUAUUUGGGGGUGUUGAGCACGCUUGGGAUGAUGACAUGCCACGAAGAGGAGGAUCCAGCAGAUUCACGUUGGUAGAGAGCGACGAGGAUGAGGACGAUGAAUAAGAUCAUUUCAGCAAGGGGGCACUGAAGCUAUAUCCAAACAGCCCCAUGGAUUCGUCGCCUCAUGAUGGGAUUUUAGAGCGCAAGUAUCAGAGGGUUGGAAGCAAGCUUUCGUGAGUCGUGAAACCAGGAGACGCGCAGCAAAAGAAGUGAAUAGUCUGAUCUGUAAAAUCUCCCCUGGGAGGGAGUGAUUAAGCUAUAUAGAGG